AUGGGCAUCCUCGACGCGCUAUACCGCGUGGUGAUGCGCCGCAACGCCGUCUACGUCACCUUCGUCGUCGCCGGCGCCUUCGCGGGCGAGCGGGCGGUGGACUACGGCGUUCACAAGAUCUGGGAGAUGAACAACCUCGGGAGGAGUUAUGUGGUUGCACAAAUUAAUGAGCAAUGCAAAGAUUAUUGCCAGACCUAG